AUGCAGAGGUUUCCAUUGGAGAGACUACAGAAAUAUGGGGUCAUUGAUUUUAAGGGUAAGAAGGAGGAUGAUCCAGCCGCUGCAGAGUAUUGGUUAGAGUGGACUGAGAGAGUAUUGCAGCAGUUACACUGCAUUGUAGAGCAGCAGUUAGAGUGUGCUUUAGCAUUACUUCAGGAAGAGGCAAAUGUAGUAGCCGACGCAUUGAGCAGAAAGGCCAUAAUGGCUUUAAGAGCACUGAAUGUUCACUUGUCCUUAGUUCUAGAUGGGACUAUUUUGGUUGAGUUGUGUGUAAAGCCAUGUUUGCUACAGCAAAUACAGGAAGCACAGAUAAAGGAUGAGAAGUUGAUGUCUAUCUUAGGCAGAGUUAAAAAGGGGAAGCAAACUGACUAUGAGUUAAAGGAAGAUGGGUGCUUAUACUACAAAGGUAAAAUAUGUGUACCAGGAGAUGAAUAA